UUGGCGGUGGACGGUCGCGAGGGGUCGUGUUUCUGUGACUGACACACAGAAAAUACUCACAAAAUAUAUUCGCCCGUUUUAAAUUACGUUACUGGACUUGUGUGUCAAAAUACACAAACCUGACCGUAUUAUGGAGCAGUUUGUUGUCGAUGUAAAAAACCUGUCAGAGAAACUUAUCCACCGACAGAUCGAUUCAAAUUUGGAUGACGUGAUUGAGACUCUCUUCAAAGCGAUCUCAACUCUAGAUGCAGCAGCAAAACUACAGGAUUCACAGUUGGAGGAAAUCGCCAUACAGCUGUGGAACUGGGCAGUGACCAAACGUGUUGGCUCAACUAUUACAGAAGAGCAGAAGGCCAAAGUGCGUCAUGUGGCAUGCAGACUUCUGUAUUUAUGCGGGCCUGAGAACCCAUCAGAGAAUAUUGUUCGCAAGCAGAUACUGAUGGCAAGUAAAACUGGAAGAACAUGGCUUGAUUGCAAAAAACCCAAAGUUGCUGAUGAUUUUUUGAGCCUUGCUGUCAGUAGCCUGGAGACUCUUUACAGCAGACUCACUUCCCAUGGAGAUUGUGCAGAAGAUAUAAACACACCAAAGGGAGACAUCGAGAAAGAUCUGCUGCGGGUUUUAUCAUAUCAAGCUGAAUCUGCUGUUUCUCAAGAACAACAUGAAGAGGCAGUGUCAUGCAUACAGCGAUGUAAAGAAAUGCUUCUGCGUCUCCCUAAAGAGACUGGCUAUCUCUCUCUCAUCUGUUACAACUUUGGGGUCGACACUUACAGUCAGGGAAAGCAUGAAGAGAGCACAUUUUGGCUAAGCCAAAGUUAUGAUAUAGGGAAGAUGAAUGUGAAGUACUCACCAGGAUCAGAGAUGCAAGCCAAAGUUUUGAGACUUCUUGCAAAGGUUUAUUUGGAUUGGGACUGUCAGAAGUACCUGGAGAAAGCUCUUCAUGCUGUAAGCUUGGCAAAUAAGGAGCAUAUGCAGUUGUCAGGUCUGUAUCUGAAGAUUCAAAUCCUAAUUAAAAGCCGAAGCCCAGAUGAGGCAACAAAGUCUGGGCUGUCAGAGCUACUGGACUGUGAGGUUCCUCUGGAAGUGUGCUUGAGCACAGUCAAACUGCUCGUGGAAGAGAACAGGGAGGCUCUGGCCUUUGACUUCCUUAAGAGGGUUUGUCAGCACUUUGAGUCGUCUCCUGAACUGGGCUCUGCUCUGCUCAUGCAUAUAGAGCUGCUGCUGCAGCGGGACAAAGACCUGCUGGCCAAGCAGAAGAUUGAGGAUGCUAUCACGGGACAUUACACUGGAAAACAACUUGCACCUCCGACUCUAUCAUCUCUCCACCUUCUUCUGUGGGAUAGAGCUUCCAAAAACUUUGAAGCCAAGAACUAUUCUGAAGCUCUGGAAUGGUAUAACUAUUCCCUGAGCUUCUACAGAGCAGACGAGUUGGAUCAAAACCUUGCUAAACUCCAAAGAAACAGAUCCACCUGUUUCCUGCACCUGCAUCAACUCGAGAAAGCUAAAGAGGCUGUAGAAAAGGCAGCAAGGAUUGACUCAAGCAACAUUUUUACACAGUUCAACAUCUACAAGAUUGCUGUACUGGAAAACAAUGCAGAGAAAGCUGGCGCGGCUCUGAGAGAGAUUGGCGCUCUGGCUCAGAAUCCGGUCACCAGUGAGGAGCGACUGCUAGUGACCGAGAACGCUGCUGCAAACCUCCUCAGCCUGGCCGCACAGAUCGCCCUCGAGCAUGAGCAGCAGGAAACAGCCAUCAAAGCCCUAGAGAGUCUGUGUGAACGCUCACAAGAUGUGACUCAAAUCCUCACUGCCUUGAGGUGUUUAGUACGACUUUUUCUUACAACAAUGGAAAACAUCAGUGAGGAAAACAGGAAUGCCAACUUGGAUAUCCUCUUGUCAUACCUAAAAACAGGUACAUUUACCCAUAAUAUUUCAUUACACUGUUGUUUUAAUCAGUUGUAUUUCUCCACACUGAUUUACUGUGUGCAUACUGAAUUUACAGCGCUUGAGAAAUUAUCACAAAUUCAUGGCCACGGAGCACAGCAGCAUUCAGAAGACGCCAACUGGUUCAGGAGAAUCGCGUGGAACUCUGCCCUGCAGUGUGAGCACAGUCCUGUGAGGAUGAGGGAUUUCUUUCUACUCUCCUUCCAGCUGUCGCAGCUGUGCGCCCCAGACCGAGGUGUGUUGAUGGGGCAGAAGACGUGUCUGCUGAUGGCCGCUGCUGCGUCUCUGGAGAUCUGCAGGAGCUCUGAUCAUACUGAGCAACAGACCGAGCUCCUGACCCAGACUCUAGAGCACAUUCAGCUCUGUAAAGAGAUCUGGACCACAAUCAAAGCAUCAGGCACUUCCUCUAAAGACAAAACAGACACAUUAUUGCUGCUCUACGAGUUUGAAACCCGGGCCAAAUUAAAUGAUCCUAAGCUUGAAUCUGUGCUCGAAUCAGUUUUGGAACUGGAUUAUAUUGAGACCAAGCUGCUAGAAAUGAUCGCAGUCCUGGCGAUGGAACCACCGGCCCAUUACCCUGUUCUGUGUAAGAAAGCACUGAGGAUCGCCUUGUCUCUGCACAGAAAACAGUCACAGGUCGACCUCACACGCUGCAGUAACUGUUUACACAGCCUGAUUCAGCUGACCCUGCCGAGCGGCGUGUCUGAGGUGCAGCCCUGCGUGCUGGAGGAAGUGUGGGCCUACUAUGAGGAAGCUCUUUCCAUCAUAGCAACCGCACCCGAGGACUUUCCAGAACUGGAGAUCCUGUGGCUGCUGACCCGAGCGUGGAAUACAGGAAUCCUGCUCUACAGUCUGGCCCAGUAUCCUGAGGCGGAGAGGUGGUGUGGGCUGGGAAUGAGCUUCCUGAAGCACCUGGGCUCCCUGCAGGACAGCUAUCAUUCUCAGAUGGCGGGUCUGUACAGUGAGGUGUUGGACAGGCUGGAUAAAGCGAAGAAGAAUCUCAUUAUUGAGGAGUAAAUGACAGCGGCUUCAGUCGCAGAUGGAGAUCUCAGGUCUAACUGCACGUGUUUAAUAUGAAGUGUGAAUUUCUGUGCAUGUUUUUGAGAAGCUAAGAGAUGCACAAUGCAUCUGAGGGGUUUGUUCGUACAGUUAUGAAAUGGUUCAUAUUCAUUUAAUCUGAAAAUAUUUUUGUCAGUGUUAUUUUAUUACCUGUCAUCCGGUUAUCUGUUUGAGCUUUCCUCAGUUGACUCGUUCAAAACAGCGGCAUUGCGAUACAAAACAAAUAAAAAUGCAUGCAUUGAAAUCGUAACAGAGUCACAUAGUUUAUUUCCAAACAAAUAAACUCUUGUCCAGUCCAAAAAAAGAACAAAACCAAACAAAAAGAAUAAUAAUCGGUAGGACUGUGUUCCUUCUUGACCAGGAUAUAAAAGAGCAAUUUUCCUUGUGUCCCGAUGGGUUGUUCCACCUGUAAUCAUGGGGAGGACACUACUGUACAAUCAAAGGGUUCAUAUUUGCAAGCACUUACUGCACAGGUGUGCUGUCACAUCAAAAACUCAUAAUCACUCAAAAAGACAAAUCAGACCAAUUCCCUCCCCAUUUCAAGCUCGUGCCUUCUGCAGCAGAGACACUCAUUAGUACACCAGAGCUGUUCGGAUUCAAUCCACUUCAUUAGAAAUAUAGUACAAUAAAUCAAAAUUCUUUGGGCUUCACCAACACGGCUGACCGGCAUCAACAGUGCGAGCGGUCAGCUGCUUUUCCGCUCGUCACCUCAGUGGACCAGAUCUAUGCUAAAAUGUGUUAUUUAAGCUCCUGGUUUACUUUAAUAUCAAUCUAUGGGUUGCUGUCCACACGUCUUUUUAUAGAUUUAUAUUUAUAUAUAUUUUUACAUUUGUUUUUCAUCUAUACACUCAGACAAGUUCCACAAGAUUCACAAGUAGACAGGCCGUAUUGUAAGGAAGCUGGUUCCCGACUCACUAAAAAAUGUUCUGAUAGGCAGCUGAAGAUAUUUUUUUCUAUAGAGAAAUACCAACGUUACGGCACAUUUGUAUGGAAAUUAAUCUGAGAAUAAAUUCAAAGUUUACUUACCUGACAUUUGUGAUUUAUAAAACAUGUUUGUCCCAGUUGUAUCACACAUGCAUGAAGCACAGGUGAAGGGGAUAUUUACACUUUACAGCUAUCAUACCCAUUAAAACAGUCUGUAAGCAGUUUAUAAAUGGCUCUGUUCCCUUCGAUUAUUCCCUGAACUCUGGUUUUGACACAGGUAUGACAGCUGAUUUCGCAGAGAUGCUUGGUAGGUGAGCGCACCGGUUUAGAAAAUGCCUGCAGGGUGGGGCGGGGGGAAGAGAGUGGGCCCAAGAAUAUUCCAGACUUCUUGAUACAGAAAGAAAGAUCGAAGGAAGUACUGAACUUCUGUAUCCUGUUAUGUCACAAUCCCAUUCCCUCCAGCUGAGCCCAAGGGCGACCACAGACAUAGUGCUUACAAAGUGUUUAAAAAAAAAAAAAAAAAAA